AGAAGUUGUAUGAAAGUUUGAGGCCGGAGGGAGCGAGGCCGGGGAGUCAGCGCCAGCCGGUGCUCCGGUUGCCCCUCAGACGCGGGGCUGAGCCCGGGACGAGCAGCGUUCCGCCCCAGGCCACCAUAGGGAACGGCGGAUCCGCACACCGGAGGGAAUGAUGCGGGUGCUCGCACAGCCCCGACUCCAGGCGAGAAGGGCGAGCCCCACAGCCGGACCCGAGACGACCGCCUGGGCAGCAACGAUAAGAAGGUGAAAGCAGGAGCCGCUGCCACUGCCAGCGCCUCUACAGCGCCGGGGACCCCCUGGCGGGAGCCGCGAACCGAGGCUAUGGAUCCAGCGGUGGGGCCACAGGUCCUGCUCCCCAGGCCCUGCCGCGUGUUGGUGCUGCUGAAUCCCCGCGGGGGCAAGGGCAAGGCCUUGCAGCUCUUUUGGAGCCAUGUGCACCCACUUCUGGUUGAGGCCGAAGUCUCCUUCAGGCUGCUGCUCACUGAGCGGCCAAACCACGCUCGAGAGCUGGUGCGCGCGGAGGAGCUGGGCUGCUGGGAUGCGCUGGUGGUCAUGUCUGGAGAUGGGCUCAUGCACGAGGUGGUGAAUGGGCUCAUGGAGCGCCCCGACUGGGAAACCGCCAUCCAGAAGCCCCUGUGCAGCCUCCCAGCGGGCUCCGGCAACGCGCUGGCCGCUUCCUUGAACCACUAUGCCGGCUAUGAGCAGGUGACUGACGGGGACCUUCUGACCAACUGUACACUGCUGCUGUGCCGCCGGCUCCUCUCACCUAUGAACCUGCUGUCACUGCACACGGCCUCAGGGAUGCGCCUCUUCUCUGUGCUCAGCCUGGCCUGGGGCUUCAUUGCUGACGUGGACCUGGAGAGCGAGAAGUACCGUCGCCUGGGGGAGAUCCGCUUCACUCUGGGCACGUUCUUGCGCCUGGCGGCCCUGCGCACCUACCGGGGGCGGCUGGCCUACCUCCCGGUAGGAAGUGCGGUCUCUAAGAUGCCUGCCUCCCCCGCGCUGGUCCAGCAGGGUCCAGUGGACGCACACCUCGUUCCCCUGCAGGAGCCAGUGCCCGCUCACUGGACCGUGGUGCCCGACCAGGACUUUGUGCUGGUGCUGGCCCUGCUGCACUCGCACCUGGGCAGCGAGAUGUUUGCGGCACCCAUGGGCCGCUGUGCAGCCGGCGUCAUGCACCUGUUCUACGUGCGAGCAGGCGUGUCUCGGGCCACGCUGCUGCGUCUGUUCCUGGCCAUGGAGAAGGGCAGACAUAUGGAGUGCAACUGCCCCCACCUGGUGCAUGUGCCCGUGGUCGCCUUCCGCCUGGAGCCCCAGGACGGGAAGGGUGUGUUCACAGUGGACGGGGAGCUGAUGGUCAGUGAGGCGGUGCAGGGCCAGGUGCACCCAGACUACUUCUGGAUGGUCAGCGGCUGCGGGGAGCCCCCGCCUAGCCAGGGGCCCCAGCAGGUGCCACUUCCAGAAGAGCCCUCUUGACAUGGUGACCUUACUGUGCCUUGGUAUGUCUGCGUGGUCUGUGCUGCGCUCGGAAGGGUGGGAAGGUGGAGGUAUACCCUGUAAGGGCAGGCUCUGUCUACCAGGGGUCAGGAUGCGGUCCUGGGCCAGGAGCCCAGCUGGCUGGGCCCAGCUGCCUGAGGAAGGCACUUCAUUUUGUCCUAGAAGCCCUAUCCUGUGAAUCAGAUCCAAAUAAAAUGACAUUCUCCGGCU